UCUCCCUGGAAACGAGCAACAGCAGCUCCGGCUUUGGUCGGGCUGCUCCUGCAAGAAAGGCAAGCAAACGGGGCAAGUAAAUAUGUCAGAUAUAAUGAAAGACAAAGUAACCCGCUUGCUGAGGAAAAGAGGAAGCAUAUCUUCUUUAGGGAGCCAUGAGGUCAAAGCAAAAGAGUUUCUUGGAAAAACUAAAGAUUCCAUCAGUACCGUGUCCUACAUGGAUGAACCUGGACACCAUGAUGAUGCCCUUCGUCCAGCUGUUCAGAUGGAGAACACAUACCGAUUGGGUCCUGCAAAAUGUUUCCCAGUGGGCACGGUGAAUAAUAUCUUGAAGGAUGUAGUAACAAGUUAUCUUCAGGAAGAAAAAUAUGAAGCAGAAUUGUGUAGACAAAUGACAAAGACCAUCUCUGAGGUAACUAAAGCUCGCAUAAAAGACCUAAUGAUACCAAGAUACAAAAUUAUUGUGAUAAUAAAUAUUGGACAACUAAAGAAGCAAAGCAUACAGAUUGGAAGCAGGUGCCUCUGGGACACUACCAGUGAUACUUUUUGCUCCUAUUCCUUCAAAAAUAGGUCAUUGUUUGCUCUUGCAAAUGUUUAUGCUGUUUACUCUGAGUAACAAGUGACAGUUCUAUGAGGAACUGAUGAGCCCAACAUAGAGCUGGAUAUCAUUUGUUUUCUGCAGUACUCACCUGAGAGUAAUCUUCAAUUAACCCAAUGGGACUUAACUCUGGUUAAACGUGUGGAAUUAUUCUAUAUUGUGGGUUUGCUAAAUAGAGUACACCUGGCCUUCAAUGUUUGUGGGUUUAACUUUUGCAGAUUUAAUUAUUUGCUCAUUUGGUUAGUAUGUCCUCUCUAGUAAUCUCUAGGCCCUCCAGUAAAUUUCUAUGGUCAAUGUAUAUAGAAGCUGAUUAUGUAGUCACCUGGAGGACCAGUUGUUCUCAACCUGUGGGUCCCCAGAUGUUUUGGCCUACAACUCCCAGAAAUCCCAGCCAGUUUACCAGCUGUUAGGAUUUCUGUGAGUUGAAGGCCAAAACGGGUUGAGAACCACUGACCUAGACAUUCUAAAGAUGUGUUCUCAGAGAGCCCUUCCACACAGCCCUAUAUCCCAGAAUAUCAAAGCAGAAAAUUCCACAAUAUCUGCUUUAAACUAGGUUAUCUGAGUCCACACUCAGAUAAUGUGGGAUUUUCUGCCUUGAUAUUUUGGGAUAUAGGACUGUAUGGAAGGGCCCUCAGGUUUUUAAAUGUAUUUUUUAUUUGAGGUUUUAACUCUUUAGUGGAGGUCCAUGAAAGGGCAUGGGUACUGUUAUCAUGUCUGUGUCCACUUAGGAUUGUAAUUACUUUUAAGAAACGUCUUAAUAUUGCUGAUGCAAUUUUUACUGCUGUCAUAUAAACGUAAUCUUUUCUUGUGUAUUCAUUCCUAGGAGAGGCGUUAGUACCCCACUUUUUGCUCCUAUUCCUUCUUGUAUUGGGAGAGGACUGUUGCACUAAUUAUGUUAUAAUGGCUAUGUAAAUGAGGCCUACAUUUAUGUUUUAGUCUUGAAAUAUUACUGAAAUAUCGAGCAAUUCACAUUUAUUUUGGUGCACUAAGGUCUUGGUUUAUGUUUGAACUCUUUUUCAGGACAGUUGGUAAUAUAACUAGCAGCUAUGUCUUCUUCUUCUUCUUGCUCUUCCUUUUUGUCAAUUAAAAUUGCAAGGGGCCUGAUCUGGAUUUGGACUCUACUGGAGACAUUGGGAACAAGAAAGGUUUAAUCUGAAGUCCUCUAUAAGGAUCCAAGCUCAGACACUUGGCAUUUUCCUCCCCCCAAAAAAUAUCCGAUUUUUUACUUGUCACUUCUUAGACAUACAAAUUGCAGGCCAAAGUCCUUGAUAUCCACAUUAGGAUCCAAUUCCAAAUUUGUUGUUUGUGUUUUCUUUAAUGUAGGAAAAGAAUAAAGAGAAAGCUAAUUGCAUCUUUAAAUUCCUGUCUUGCUUGAGUCCCAACGACCUCAUCAGAUGGGGUAAAAAUUGGUGGCAUAUGUCGGUUCCUGCACAUGAUGGAGCCUGCUGACUCCCAUCCCAUGAUGUACAUCUAGUUCCGGCGAGGCUCCAUUACAAAAAGAAAGAGAAAUGCUGCUGCUACAGCAGCAACAUGGGGCCUCCUGUGUUGCAUUAGGAACCA